UAUCCUCUUUCGGAUGCCCCGUUUGCUGAUAUAUCCAUACCACCAGCAGAAACGCCUUCUUUGUACGGAGCUCCCAUGUGAGCUGGCCGUUCCCGCUAUUGUCGUCUCUCUUCUAGGUCGAGAUGAGCUGACUGCAGCAGUCGUCAGCCGCACGGGCUAAACACUAUUCGAUCGACAAAUAUUAGGAUGGGAGUGUUCAAAUUGUCAUCAACUGUGCUCUUUUCUGCUAGAUAAGUGAGUGUGGUCGUGCUUGGCAAUGGUUUGUCGCCUCGUCAGCCUCGUUGAUCCUUGCAGCUACUCCACGUGAACCAGUUUUACUAGUUUUUGUUGUAGGAAGAUUUACUGCAGUAGAAAACAGGAUAGAAUUGGAAUAUCGUUGUUAGAAGCGCUGCUAGUUUGCUUCCCUAACCGUCGACGUAAGUUAACCGACAGCGAAGACAACAGUCAAAAGGAUUUUCGAAGAUAUCGGACGCGCCAACGUAGCUGACCAACAAAGUAAAGUUAAAAGCUCACGAUAUCUUGGUAGCGCAGUUCUUCCUGACAGUCGCCUGGGUAAGCUAAAACAGUAACUCAAGUGCACGCACAUAUUUGUCAAGCGGACAGAGCGUCACAAGGACUGGCUUCUAAUAUCCGGUGGGCGGAUUUUUGGUCUAUUCGUUGUGCCGUGAUUAUUUGCGUUCUAGCAGCUUUGAAUAUGGUCAUAUUGAAUCAUAUUCACACAGAUAGAAAUCAAGAAAAGCGUACGAGUCACUUAGUUAAUGUUGUGUUAAUUAUCGUUCCCAUGCCAUAGAACAGCUGGUAAGUUGUACAAUGGUGCGGUAUAUUGAAGCCAAUGGGUGGAACGUAAACGUAUGAGGUAUGAGGAAACUUCAUAAAGGCCGUAACAUAAUAAUGCUGUGUUGCUAGAGAAGCCACAGUAAUAUCUCCAGGCAUUAAAACUAGCUAUAGUUUCAUUCAUAUGUCGGUUGCUAAGGGGAAGAAUUUUAACCUGUGGAUAGAAAUGCGAGACGGCUUUUCUCCGCGUUAAAUUUAAGAUGGGCCUUUACAGUGUUAUUGGGCAGUUAGAUACAGGCCGGUAUACGGUGGAGAUCGUGAUUGAUGUACACCCGCGAACACAGACGGUUGUAGAAUAGACAAAUAAAUACGUUGAAGGUAUUCGGCUGCGGUGAGGUUUACUAUUUUGAUUUUCGGUAAUCCAAUCGACUGUGGCAAUAUUUUUGGUGCAAACAAUUUCGUUGUUAUUUCUUCGUGGCGCACCUUUGUAGAUGCAAUUUGCUCACGCAGUGUUAGCUGACACUGAUAUUUUAGGCUGGUUCAUGUUGGUGAUCGAUAGAUAAUGUGAAGAACGUGCUGAUGUAAUUAAACUUCCUGAGCGAACACAAACACAUAACGCAAAAGUUUCUCAUUUAUUAUCGGUGCAUUAUUCCUCAGGCGAAAAUUGGCGCCGAUCGCCAUCGAGCCAACAGUAAUGAGUAAGAACAGCUUGAACGCUACUCUCUAACAAAGGCCACCCGACAGCCAUUGUUGACUUAUAUCUAGCCAGACACGCAUAUCCGUGUUGCGGUUGUUGCUUCUGAAAACAAGCAACGUCUUCUGAUGAUCCAACGUGUCAACGAGUCCAUGCUUGCUUUGUGCAGGAUGUUUAUUGCUGAACGCACAGUUACAGUCGUUAUUAGUAACGCUUAUUAGGCUAUUUCCUUAUGCUGCACAUACUACUGGUUAAUGAUGAUAGUAAUAAAUGCGGAUUGUACAACUGGACAGCGUUGUUCUGUGCUUGCAGUGAAUUAGAAACUGCAUUGUAAUCUUCAACUGCUCAGUGAUGUUUGUUAAGUACUAUUAGUUGACAGAUGGGAACGAUAGACAAACAUAGUUGGCUAUUGUCGAGGAAUGUGAUUUUCGAUACAAUCCAUAUCAAUUCCAUUCCAUUCAUUUCCAAUCCAAUCAACUCGAUCAGACUUGGCAAAUUUCAUUCCCACUUGCUAAUUUCCAUUUCUACAGUAACGUAAAACAUACGCUGUGCUGCGGGUAUACCAAAUACAUGAACUUAAUAGCUCGACAUGGCAGCUUAGUCCCUGUUGUAAGGGGCCACUUAAAUUUGCAUUCACUGAAAUGAGUGUUGGCACUUCCUAGUUACAUCGAAGUUUCACUAGCGAUGGUAAUUGGUUUCUAGCAACGAAUGGGAUAACACCAUUGCGUACACCAAUCAAACCUGCUGUUCGAGUGUCAUACUAAUAUGAUGCUUGACGCUACCACGUUCUAACUGAUCAAGAGAAUCGAGAGAGCGGUGAGGUGCGGAAGCUUAACGGGUUUGUUUACUUGGAGGUUCAACGGCUCACCAAUAACCGGUGGGCACAUACUAAAUUGGCUGUUGUAAUUCGACCCAACCCAAUUGCACGUAUAAGAACGGAUCUAUGAGACAGGUCAAAUUACGUUACCCAGUGGAAUAGGGAUAAAUUUCUUGGAUUCAUUUGAACACAAACGGCGACCUACUGUGUCUCUUGCUACUCUAAAAUCAACAGACGUCGAGGAAUCGUACGCUUGCCUACUGCAAUACGAUUUCUUGCUUGAGGCCGUAAGCAGCUGAAGAACAGAGGAGCCGGAACGAACGUCCGUGAGACAGCGGCGACAACGACUCUAUGUUGAAAGACAUCUGGUCUCAUUCCAACUGCGUUUUGGCGUUAUUUGUUGUCGGUAUUUUUUUUUGUUUGCAUAAGUGUUACAUGACUGAUGUGAGCAUCGGUGGGAGUUUCGUACUCCAUUUUGUUGCAGGGCCGAUGGCCAUGUUUUUCCUCAAUGAUAAGUAGGUAAAAUAACGAAACAUUAGUUGGUUCGGGCACAGCUUUCAAGCUAUCUGACUCAUAGAAACCUGCACGCGUUUCUGUGGCCGUACUAAGAGGCGGCAGAUCGAACCGGCCUACAAACGUUUGAUUUGACGCAUUAUGCUCAUUAGCAUUCCAAUAAUAAUGCUUUGGAUGACUAAGUAUUAUAGUAAAGGGUUCACAUCAGUCUUAUUUAAUUGUAGGACCUUCGUUUGUGGCUAUAUAAAUGAAAAAAAGGGAAUUCAUUUUCUUUUUAUAUAUAUAAUAUAUAUAUAGGCUAGUAAAUGUGGAUUGUAAGCCUAGUCCAUUCAGUGAAGCAGUAUUAAUGCGGCUGACAAUGACUGCGAUCAUUUUGGCCUUUGCUUACAAUAGAACACUAAUUUGUGUAAUCUCGAACCGUUAACGAUAGGGUCCUUCGGUUAAUAAAUUGGAUUUAUCUCAAGUGCACUAAACACAUCGAUCAGUGGAAAAAUUCGUAAUAUGACCUCUAUUCAAUGUAUAUAUAGUGUUUGUGUUAUAGUUUCUUUAUGAUAUUUAGUUCUCAAUCUAUUAAUAGAGUUAGAAAAUUUUCGAUUAACAACCACAUUUUUGAUUCAAAACUGUCAGUGCAUAAUUAUGAACAUACAAUACACUCUAUCCUAUAUUAUACCUUUGUGGGAGUAGAAGCUGAUUAAGCAAUACUAGGAUGUCGAUAACCUCCGUUAGGUACAUUUUAUGAUUUUUCAGUGAAUGUGUUGAUCACGAAAUCCAAGUCGCUGAUCUAGGCACUUCAUAUUUUCAAUGAAACAAGCCAUUCGAUCCUUAAUGGUCGUCUAAUUGCUUGCAAUUCAUUGCAAUCCAAGCAAAUACUGUUAUUACUCGUUUUCUAUCUGAAAUACAAUAUGUUUGAAAAGUUUACCAGCGGUUGCAGGUUAGAAUAAUACAGUAAGUAUAUGACUGCACUUUCGACAACAUCGCUAAUUACGAAAAAGCUCAAGUCAACCGUAGACUCAUAAGUUCUUAUGACUUUGGUAAUUUCUUGGGAUGUUGCAGGGAUCAAGCUAGCUAGCAGGUAAUUUCGUAAUGUGUCGAUAAAACUUGCGUUUUCUACCGAGAAGAGUACGUCACAAUGCAAGUAAAAAUGCCAAAAAAAAGUUCAUAUUCUUACCUAUGUAACGAUUUCUAGCGUUAUUACUAGAGUUAGUUUCAAAAGGCAAAAGCGUUGCUGUUUAAUUGAUACUUCAAACAUCCACCAUACGAGGAUUUCGCGACUUAGAGCAAAAAUAACAAUGUCUAGGAGAUUUUAAAUGUUUAAUCGUAAUAGCUAACUAAUAAAAUCAAACAUUUUUUACUAGAACAUAUUAAUAAAAUGACUUUUGGUUUUGCUAGAUAUGUUUAAGAAAGCGUGAACUAGCUCGAAUUUAACAGUAACAAACUACAUCUAAUUGCUUACUUAACAAAAGUGAACCGAUGAAUUAUAGAUAAGAGACCGGUAAAAACAACGAAUGCCCAGGCAAACACAUGAUAUUGGCGAUAUCUCAAUUGGGGACCUACCCGGCUUCAGUACAGUGAAUGUAUUUUUUAAAAAAAGGGCAAGUGGCGUCUAGAUCAAAUAAGCUUGGAAUCAUCUUAUAAAAAUUCUAAAAAAAAAGUGAAGAAACGCGUAAUUGAUUAUACAAAAGUUACAACUUGCAGCUAAAGAAAGCAAGAUAGUCUACCAUGCCACUUAAUAGCUUUAACUUUUGUUCAAUAAUGUUAUUUUAACGUUUACACUUAGCUUGCACCCUUUGGGUAGGAUCAGUGCGGGUGCUAUGUUUGCAUAGAUAAUUUUGUUGUAAACGUUAUGUUUUUUGAGAAACUGUAAGAAAUAUAUAUUCUGUUGGUUCCGUUCUAAGAUACUAGCAAAAGGUCAGGUUUAAUUUAAAAAACCUCGUAAGCUCGUGCUCUUUUGUGCUCGUGAAUUAUAUCAAAACAUGUUGUUUUUUUGAUCUUCUACCCUGAACCGUGUAAAAUUGUCGAUAUACAGACCGAUUCUUACGUGAAAUAAACAACCGUUGGCGUUACCCACAUCUUUGGAUUCGGUCGGGAGUUCAUCGUUAUAAUAUCGUCCAUAAACGCAUGGAAACCCAUUGAUCCAAUCAGGGUGAAAGAAGUCGCUAGAGAUUGAUCAGUUGGUACUGUCCAUCGUUUUCAGUUUUAUCAGCCCUCGAAUAUAGCGCUUCCGCAUGGCCGUUUUUGCGUAGGCGCCAGGCCGGUGCUGGUGAAUCGGCGAUAAUGUCUCCGGGCGCUGGCGGUGGCGGAGGUGUUCUUAGUGGAGGGCGAAAUUCCAGUGUAAGUUUAACUAAUGAAGAUGUGGCGUGCUACAACGUUAUUAAGCUGUCAUGGAAGGGCAGAUACGCGCGCAUCUUCUCGGUAGGCACCCGCGCCAUUACGACAUACAACGUCGGCGACUCGAUGGUCGAAACCAACAAGUUCGAGUACCAGGAUUUCGUCGGUAUAGAGCCCGUAUCCGGGAAAGGUUCAGAUACUGAGUUCGUAAUCAAAUACCGAAAGUCUCGUGAAGGCAAGAAAAUUGCCGAUAUGAAGUUCGCAUCCGAGUACCGAGCCGAUAUCCUUACCGAAGCUUUAAAAUUCAAGCAUUUAUUUUGUGAGCCACGAAAGAACGCUGUGUGGUUCAAUGCAACGAAAAAGGAUUUUGCCGACCUGAGGGUACCCGUCAUUUUGGAAGUAGGUGAGGUGGCUAUCACACAGCAAGACCCCACAUCCAGAGAAUGCUUCGGCCGGUACUACUACAAAGAUAUAGGCAAUUUAGCGAAGCUUAUGGAUGGCCCACCAGGCGGAAUAUCUAUCUCAGUUGAAAGCUACAAGCGGUUGCACUUGUUUGUAGUUGAAAAAAGGGACGUGUUCCUUCAGACCGUCGCUGAGUAUGCUAUGCGACAUGUUGGCGUCUUAAUCUCGUACAAGGAAGAAAUGAGUGAGGAAACCGCACAGCUGAAGCGAUUCGGCCGAUAUUCAGUUGACGAAGCUGUCACGAGUCUCUGUGACUUCAUGGUUCACAAGAUUUCAGUUAAGCAUCGGGAUCCGGUAAAACGUAUUCUAGGCAUUUCGGAAUCAUGUCUCGUUGAGCGAGACUGUAACACAUAUAACGUCACCUCUUUGCGUCCGUUAAGCGACGUCGCGGCAUUAGUACGCGAUCGUGAGGAGCCGCGCAAAUUCUCUAUUGAAUUCGUUAGCGGUGGCAAUGUGCAGAAGUCGUAUUUUUCGUCGAAUCGGGACGCGUUACUUGCCUCACUUCUUGACGGCGUGCGUGCUUCGGGUAAUCGCGACGUGCACGUCCGCAUGAGCCAUAUGCCGCGAGGGAAGCGCUGCGGCCCUCUAUCGGUACCUGUCUGCGAAGACGUAGAAAUUGCUCAUUUGAAGUUCCUUCACACGCAUCCAAGUUCGUGGAGUUUUUCUGAAGCGGUAGAACGCUUUAACGCCAAUGUGCCCUACUCCGGCUUGCUGCACACGGCGAAAAACAAAGAUGCACUGUUUGAGAACAAAGACAAAAUGUUCCAAGCUGCACUUACAGCGGUGCUAGCCAAGGAAGGUGAACAAGACCGUAUUCCCUUCGAUCUUCUUGAACAACAAUUUCAUGCGCUGCGAAGGCUUGUCGCGUGUAAGGCAGGGUUCGCCGCAUUUACACAGGUUCCGCAGGUGCGUGAACGCAUCGGCAAAAAGGUGAUUACGGCAUUGUCCCGAGGGGAUCCUGCGGUUUCGCACGCAGCUGUGGACAUGCUCUGCGCACUGAUUCAGCCGAUGCAUGACGACUGCGACCUGUUUCAAGAGCAACAGAACAAGCUCAGCGUACUCUCAUCAAAAAACUUUCUCGAACAGCUGCUCAACAUGUUUACUCAACACGUGCAACAUGGAACUGGUUGUCUUGUGGUGUCAGCUAUGCUAGACUUUCUGACGUUCUCACUUUGCGCACCAUAUUCGGAGACGACGGAUGGAGCACAGUUUGAUGCGCUUCUCGAGCUGGUCGCGCAGCACGCUGGCCGUAUGCUCUUCAAACUGUUCCAACACUCAUCCAUCGCCAUCGUGCGUGGAGCUGGGUUGGUGAUGAAAGCCAUCAUUGAGGAAGGCGAGUCGGAACUCGCAGCAAAGAUGCAAGAUCUUGCCUUAGCUGAAGCGGCACUUCCGCGGCAUCUUCUUGAUGCGCUUUACGCUUCUGGGUCCGAGAGUCGGCUUUUUGCGUUGAGAGAGCUAUCGAGACAGCUAGUUGGCCUAUGGCUGACUGGACACCCACCAACAAUGAACGCUCUGAAAAGAAUUAUGCCCGCGGGUCUACUGGCAUACAUGGAUUCCAAAGAGAUGCCACCAAAAGAGGCGAUUGAAACUCUUCGGACAAGGGAUAACCUUCGAAUGGCUACUGAGCAUUCAAAUAAUAUGAAUCAUCGCGCUAGUAGUCGGCAAUGGCGCGUGGUAGAGCGACAUGUAGAACAGUUCCUAAUGCACUGGAAAUCUCGGGUACCUCAAGAUUUAAAAGGUCGCAUUGGUCUUGGCGGCAGCGACGACCGCCCAACAACGCGGCAGCAGCCAGUUGUCCUACGGCGAAGACGGCAACGAGUAAAAAGCACCGCAAACUGGACCAUGUUCUACUACCAAUUCCAUCAGGACCAUGCAAAGCCGCACCUCAUCUGGAACUACAAAACAAGAGAAGAGUUGAAGGAUGCCCUUGAGAAUGAACUACGAAGUCUCACACAGGAUCGAGAGUUGUGUCACGAUGUGACCGUUUCGUGGAACCAUCAUGAAUUCGAGGUAAUCUACCCGUCGCUCUCAGAGGAACUGCAGGUGGGCGACUUCUUUUUGCGGCUCCUGCUCGAAGAGGACGAUCGUACUAUAAAGACGAACGCGAAUUCAUUUAAUAGUUCUACGCAGCCAUCCGGUUUCAUAAUGCAGUCGAGUGACUUUUUCAACGACCUCUAUCAUCGGUUUCUCCUGUCGAACGAAACUGAUAUGAAGUGUUUGUGUCUGCGGGCAAUGGCAAUUGUGUACGGUAGGCACCACUUCGAGAUCGGAGCGUUCAACGAUACCAAAUACAUAAUCGACAUGCUACAGAAAACAAGCAAUCGACUUGAAAGAGACCGUUUAAUUAUGUUCAUCGACAAACUCGUUAACAACAAGAAAAACAUCAAGUACUUGCUUGACUCAAACGGUAUCAAGGUGUUAGUAGAAUUUUUAUGUUUGGCACAUCUGCACACGUCACGUGCGGUUAUUCCAGCCCAAACAAAUGUGAUUGAGGCAUCGACCGAAAUUAUGAUGGAUCAGGAAAAAGAGUGGUUCUACAACAACAACGAGAACGGACCUCACAGUAUUAAUGAGAUGAAAAAGCUAUAUAAGGAGGGCACGGUGAAUACGGAUACGAAAGUAUGGGCCCAGGGUAUGGAUGGUUGGCACAAGCUCAGUGAAGUCGGCCAACUCAAAUGGACCCUAAUGGCGCAUGGAACGGCGCUUCGAAACGAGACAGAUUUGGCUGCCCUUAUAUUAGAUAUUCUUAUUAAAGUGUGCGAGGUCUACCCUACAAAGGAGCCUGAUGGGAGUAUCGUUCGUCCUCUGCCGCGAGCCAAGAGGCGCCUCUGUGAUCCCUCCAUUAUGCCUCAUGUCGUUCAGCUGCUGCUAACCUUCGAUCCGAUCCUAGUCGAGAAGGUGGCCGUCCUUUUGACGCAUGUCAUGCAACACAAUCCUGCGAUUCAACGUUUGUAUCAGUCUGGCUUCUUUUUUUUUAUCCUUAUGUAUACCGGUUCAAAUGUACUACCCAUCGGAAAUUUGCUACAUCUUACUCACACCUGUCAGGCUUUCCGAACUGAGGAAAGUAGCUCGCUAAAACAGCGCUCGAUCCUGGGCAAUAUUUUACCCGAAGCAAUGAUCUGCUAUCUGGAGAAUCAUGGUGCCGCAAAGUUUGCCGAAAUAUUCCUAGGCGAGUUUGAUACACCAGAGGCGAUUUGGAACUCAGAAAUGCGCCGUUUCAUGAUCGAAAAGAUUGCUACUCACAUUGCCGAUUUCACGCCUCGACUCAAGUCCAACACACGAGCGCCAUACCAGUACUGUCCACUGCCACAAAUUCAGUAUCCACAACUACAGAACGAGCUUUUCUGUAGUAUUUACUAUCUACGUCACCUCUGUGACACUGUAAGGUAUCCUGAUUGGCCGAUUUUGGAGCCCGUUCAGCUUCUGAAAGACGUUCUCGACACGUGGAAGACUGAGUUAAAUCGCAAACCACCAGAAAUCAAUGAAAUCGAUGCAUGUGAAAUUCUCGGUCUUAAGCAAGAAAGCAAAAUUAACGAUUGUGCAAUCCGCAAGGCGUACUUUGGUUUAGCUGCUAAGUAUCAUCCAGAUAAGAAUCCUGAGGGUCGCGAAAUGUUUGAAAAGGUCAACAAGGCGUAUGAGUUUUUGUCCGACGCAUCGACGCGAAAGACUAAUGGACCAGAUCCAGUCAAUCUGAGUCUUAUCCUCAAAGCACAGGCUAUCCUGUUUUGUCGAUGUCGUGAAGCACUGCAUCCAUACAAGUAUGCGGGCUAUCCAAUGCUCAUUAAAAUGAUCGAAACUGAAACGCAGGACGACCAACUUCUGUCGAAGCAGACUCCCCUACUUGGUCUGGCCAUUGAGACAAUGUACCAUACACUUAAUUGCUCCGAGCUAAACGUUCAGGAGCUACGGCGUGAAGACGGUUUGGCAGUGCUGGGAAAGGCGUUUGUACGCUGCGUCGAGCAGCUGAGCCACUCGAGCACCCCGGAAGAUCUGGUUGUAUCCGUAUGCCGCCACUCUGUUGCCUGCUUCGCCGUGGCCGCCAAAUUUGAGUCGUGCCGAACCGUGUUGAUUAAGGAUCUGCCGAACUUUGUCAACGAUCUCUGCCGUAUCCUGUAUUUCAAACAUUUGACAGAACUAUGUGCGGCAGCCGUUGAAUGCAUAGCAUCGCUUAGCGUCUGUGAGCAGCUGCAAAACUCGAUGCUCAAAUGUGGGGUAUUGUUCCACCUGCUGCUUUUUUUUUUCAAGUAUGACUACACAUUGGGCGAAGGUGGCGUCGAGGUCAGCAAGGAGAGUAAUCAACAGGCAGUUACCAAUCAUCUGGCAGAGCUAUCUGUUCGUGCUUGCGCUCGACUUGCCGGCCUGGAAUCGUCGGAUUCCACUCCUUCGAACCAGCGGAUACGCCAGUGUCUGGUCGCUCUCCUGACGCCCUACGUCGUCAGGAAGUUAGGCAAUUCCGAGCCAUCUAGCAUUUUGAAGGUUCUCAAUUCCAAUACUGAGAACCCGUACCUUAUAUGGGACAACUCGACGCGGGCAGAGCUAACCGAAUACCUCGAGCAACAACAAAAAUCCAAGAUCCGAUCGGGUGAGUGCGAUGAAGACUACGGCGCUUCAUUCUUGUAUAGCUUGUUCGACAAGGAGCUUGUGGUUGGUGACAUCUUUGUUCGAAUCUAUAUCGAGCAGCCAACAUUCCCACUAGAAGACGCUCGCCAGUUUACGAAGGAGCUCCUAAGUUUCAUUGGAUCGCAGGCUCAGUUUAUCUAUUCAGCUAAAAACAGCAAUUUGGUCGUAACAAAGGAUGCCGAAUCGGAUCGGAUACGAAACGCGGAAUUGGCGAUGGAGGCUCUCCAUCACGUCAUCCUUAACAACCCGUCUGUUGAAACUCUGUGUAUAGGCCACUUCAAAUUAUUGUUCCUGUUAUUAAACACAAACUACACGCGGCUUCGGGUCCUCGCCGUUGGCGUGAUUCAGGCAGUGACCGGCAACAAAAACUGCGUGCAGGAUAUUGCCAGCGUCCAUGUUCUAGUCUUUCUGUUGCUUGUCCUCAAGUCAUUCCAAAGUAACCAUCAACAUCAGCAAGUAGUGUUGGAUACAUUGCUUCCAUUAAUGUCCAGCACUCAGCUAGUUAAAGAAGCCUUAAGCAAAGGCGCUCUCCUCUAUCUCCUCGACGUGUACUGCAAUGCGAGCGAUCCGAAAGUUCGUGAGCGUACUGCUGAACUGGUGGCUAAGAUGAGCGGCGACAAGUUAAGCGGGCCCAAACUACUUCGUAUGCUGGCCCGCUUCAUGCCUGCCGUCUUCCUGGACGCCAUGAAGGAAUCUCCACAAGACAGCGUCACUUUAUUCGAAGGCAAUCAAGAGAAUCCAGAAUUGAUCUGGAACGAUGAAAGCCGAGAGCGGUUAUGUUUGACCGUCAGACAAAUGUGUCAGGAAUUAUUUGAGAGGCAAACAGAAAAUCCGACCGAGUUAUGGAACCCAUCACCGGACUUCAGUUUGUGUGCGGAGGCUGCAGAAGACGAAUUGGUAAUUGGCGGUGUGUACGUACGGCUAUUCGUGCAAAGUCCGGGUUGGUCCUUGCGCAGACCAAAGGAAUUCUUAGGAGAAUGCUUAGAUCGUGCAUGCCAACUAAUGGCCAGGCAAGAUUCCGACGAGGCAAUGUUGGAUACCGUGACAACAGCCAUCGUUGGUCUUCUCGCUAACCAGGGUCAGCUGCGUGACGCCAUCCCGGUGAUGGGCCAUAUUCCGCGAUUGGUAGCUGCUUUGGGCUCGCCCGCACCCCAGGCAAAGCACGCCGUACGUUUGUUACACGAGCUCGCGCAAAGUCAACAGUGUGUCGAACAGCUAUGCGAAAGUGGUGACUGCAUGGCAGGGCUUCGUUCUGCCAUUAACAAUUGCCCCGAAACACUUGAUCUUGUUGCUAAAGCGUUAAACCAAAUGUUCCAGAAAGAUGCCUCGAGGCUUGUCCAGCAGGCCCUAAGCGUAAAGUUGGUAUCCCUUUUACUGGAGCUUCUAGAAAGGUCGGUGACCAACGCCACUUCAAAGGCGCAUAUCGUGCAGGCGCUUAAAGCAAUGCUUGCGGAUCCGAUCUAUGGUGACGAUGUAAACGAGCUUUUGACAGCUUCGAAAACCUGGGCCGACUUUAAAGAUCAAAGGCACGACCUCUUUACUCGUGAAACAACCAUCGCUGGAUAUUUACCAAGUACUACUAAUAUCGCUGGCUACUUGACGACCGGCACGAUAGGGCCGAACUUUGCGCGCCAGCCUCCUCCGGUAGACCAGUGAGAUAUACAAUCAAGUCAAGAAGAUCAAGCAAUGCUGUUCUCAAAAAGCUGUUGGCACCUAUGGGCGAGCAAUAGUGACGGAAAAUAUAUAGUGAAGUCAUGGGCGAGCAAUAGGUGACGGAAAAUAUAUAGUCAAGUCCUGAAGAUCAAGCAAAUGCUGUUCUCAAAAAGCUGUUGGCAACAUGAAAUUUAACUAUAGGCGAGCAAUAGGUGACGGAAAAUACGUCACCAAGUACUCAGUGAAAAAACGGUAUGGAAGCAAAUUAGUGAGCUCUGCCGUUUCUGCGCGCUCCGCUGGGUCGUCACCAUAAAUUCUGUGCCUUGCUUGCUCACGGGUAUUUCGAAAUAGUUCUGAUCCUUUUCCGACGGUAGGAUCAGCACUAGCCCGGCGAAAGUUGCAAGUCCAAUAGCGUGAGAAAAAGCACAAAGGCAACAAUAACACACAAAUGAUGCAGCAAGAUGGCCGACUCUUUCACUCGCGCACUUCUCUGUCAAUUAGCAGGAAUAUUUUAUUGUUUCGAGUUGAUGAUAUGGUGGUGAUGAUGGUAGAACUGAGGGAACACUAACAAUGAAAUAGCGAACGACGUUGUGCAGUUGUAAGCGAGGCACCGACUCUACGGACCAGUACCAAUCGAGGCAAGUCGACUACUUCAAUUAAUGUUUGUCUUCAGGUGAUGACGACACCCGAAUGCUGAGGGGGAGGAACGUGCAUGCGAAUAUGUUUGUAGGUGUAACUGCACAACAGACCGAACUACUGAAUCCCAAAAGCUUCUCAAAGAAAGCUCGAUAAAGAUGCUAUAUGAAGGUUCGAACAAAUUACCAUGGAAAGCAUUAUUGAUAUGAACAGAUACAGUUGCGCGGAGAACAGGCCAAAGCAGGCUGAGAUGACGACCGCUAUAAGGAAAUCUAAUGACAGCAAAAAAAUGUAAAAUAAUUUAACCGUCGUACUAUGAUAAACAGGUUUAAGAAAUAGAUCAUUAUUAUUUUGGGCAAGAAAGCGUAAAAAAAAAAUUAAUUUUGUUGUGCCUGCAUGAGCGUGUCUGUAUUUAGACAAGAAUGACAAGCGUUAAUUCAUGUGUCUGCAAAAGGAUCAGAGCAGUGCGGGACGGUGCCUGCAAAACGUGACAUACCACAGAUGUGAUGUGAUUUAGUACUGAACUGCGAUGGUGUUUAUGAAUGGUAAUGGUAACAAAAAGAAAGAUAAAUAUACGAAGUUAUUAUUUAUAAAUUUAGAUAUGCACCCUUUUUAUAGGUACGCAAGUCAAUAAAUAGUUUCAAAUGUAAAUAUAGGUUCUUUCAAAAUCUAAGCGACCAGCUUUGCUCAGGUAGAUAUCUUUAACGGCGCAUUGGUGUACACAGUUCAACCUUUAGUUUAUAAGCCUGGUGGAGACUGUCACAAAGUUUUGAACGUUAGCAAAAAAACUAUCGUACCUUUAAGUGUGUGUAAAGUAAGCUCAGUUCUAAGAAAGUAAUCAUAAACGUCGGAUCUACGUUUUAGGAAUGCUUAUCUGUAAUGUGUGGGUAUUUUAUGUGUAAUCCGUAAUGUUUUAAGAAUGCACAGAAAAAUUAUGUGCGUCUGAAGACAAAAUUCAAAUCUAAUUCUCGAAGAAAUGUAUGGACUGCGUGCGCAGAACAAAUUACAACAUAAGGGCAAAUAAAAUUGAAGUGCUUCU